UAUUAAAUAAGUUAAGUUUACGUGACUUGAGAGGUUAGAAAUCUGCUGCAACUCCUUGUCUAAAUUUUUCUCUACAUAAUUUACUCCAUUUAUGCGAAACGAACAUUCAUGAUUUGAUUCAGGCGAGUGUUAAAACUUGAUAUCUAUACUCGCCCCCUCCCCACCGCCUAAAGGCUGUUCUAGAACCCCAAACCAGCCAUCAGUUGCUGUCAAUGACGUCAUAGAACACCACAACAAAUGUUGUAAACACAUCGCCGCUAGUCGUCAGCCAGAGCAGACGUGAACCGUCACCGCUCCAGCUCACCGCCGCGAUUUUCUCAGAAACCUCAAUAAAGAUUUGUCUUACACUAACAAUUCUUUAUCCACAGCUCGUUCGAGACCGCAGGGCUUAAGCCGCAAGACCAGUGAAGUACAGUGUGAAGCUGUUGUACUAGCAGAUUCACCCGCCAGGAGGCGCUAUUUCACUUCGAGAUCAACAUCAACUUCGUCAUGUCUUGCUGCAUCAGCCACGAUACCGAUCCACCCUAGGUGUAGAUCAGGACGACGUGCCAUCGCUUCGUCCAAGGCUACCAGCUUCGGUAGAUUUCGGCAGACUUCGGCCUCCCUCGUCAACUCCCGCCAACUAACAUCACCGACGAGAGCCAAGUUCGCCCGUCCGUAGCAAACCAAAGACUCGUUAUAUAGUUCAUGAAUAGACUGUUAUGUUGUUGUAAAAAGUUUCCAAAAUCCCAAAAAAAUGAAUAGAAUAGAUGAUAAGUUAGAUACUGGCGCUAGUGCUAGUGCUAGUAAUGUUAGUAAUAGUGUUGGGCUAGGUCCCUCACUAAGCGUUACGCGCCCCUCCCCUGCGCAGUCUAACACCGAUGUAUCGAAAUAUGCAGAGGAACUGAGCAAAGACCCUACAGUCCUCCGCAGCGCGAACAGCAUCAGCAGGCUGUUCAAGGGUGGCUCCAAAAACAACGUCACCACCAUUUUUGCGAAAAAUCUGAUCGAAUCCGCCACUGAAGACCUGCAGAUUGAAAUCGAAUCUUGCUCGUCUAUGUCUAGCGGCAGUUGUGAGUCUGGUAUGGACAUGAUGGACUCCGUUCUUAACAUAACCGGACUCAUCCACGCCGAGAAAAACCGCAUCAAGGGCGAACGGUCAAGGGAGGAUGUCGGCCUCCUCUCGCAGAUCGCGAAGUUCAAGCCGGAGUUUCGUGCGACGACCGAGACUCACCAGAGAGAGAGUACUCACGAGCUCGCGCAGAGACGCGACUCUCAGGGACAUGACACAAUGGCUUACCUGCACAAAGGGUACUCCCUGACUAGGCUCUCAGAUCUGAGACAGGGAAAGAUCCGAACCGUGACGGGGAAGACACUGCGGAUCAAGUGCUCCAAGGAGAACGAAAUCCUCCGCCAGAAGAUGAUCUAUAACGCCAGACAGGAGUUGGCCCCUCCGAAAAAGAAGAAGUUCAAAACCGUCGCUAAGGCGGUCGCCUGGACCGUCAGAAAUAGGCUGGCGUUCAUGAAGGGUGACCAAAAAACCAAGGAACAGGAGGAAGAGGAGAAGCUACAGAAGUUGGCAAAGAUCACCGUCACAAACAUCAUCAAAAACGCCGUCAAGAAGGUUGAGUUAGAGGAGAGGAAGGAGGCCAUAAGGGAAGAAAGGCGCCGUCGAGCCAACCGCAGAAAGAUCACCAAGACUCCGAACUACUUCGGGGAGCUGGAGGACUUUCCCGACCCGACCCCGUGGGUGCAAAAGUACGACAAGAACCACAACAAGGAUAACAAAGCGCUGACGUACCUGGUCCGAGAGAUCCAGAGGGACAUCAAGGAGAACGAGUUAGGCCCUCCACGACCCGGCCUGGAGCUGCCUUGCACCAACCUCUCCCUGAGGCACUCCAAACACUCCGAUCUCAACCUGGCGCGUCAUGGGGACGACACUGAGGAGGAGCCGACCAUCCUCAGCGGGCGAAAGAAUUCCACCAUCCACUUCGGAGACAUCACAAAGAUUGAAGACUCCGACACUUCUGAAGUAAGAGAAGAAGAUAAGCUCAGCAUCGCCGCUGGAGGAGCGCCUGCUGAGCCGCAAACAGUCAAGUCCGCACUGAAGCCCUCGAAGACAGACAUCCCUCGAACUGGGAAAGAGUCGACGAGCAAGCCAGAUUAUCUUGGCGGGAAAUCUGGCAGCUCAAGUGUCACCCGAGAGGCAAAGGGAGCUGGAAUGAUCGGGCUUUUCCCGGCAACCGAUAUCCCUUCCAGUAAGAAGUCCCCUAAAUCGGGUGGGAUCCUCAAGGACGACAAGAAAAAGGGUGUCAAGGGUUCUGUCCAGAAGGGCCAGGGUACCGAGAUGUCCCCCGCUCUCACCGAUGAGACGCGUACUCAAGCAAGGCAGUCCUCAAGCCAGGACGCAGAAGUCGCCCUCAGCUCGGCCGCUGCAGAUGAGCCCGUGCCCAUCUGGACGAAGGCGCCCAAGGAGAAAAAGUCGUGGACCUCUCAAGACAAACCACGAGACAUGACCGACCCUAGAGUCGACGCUCCUUACAUGUUGCGCUCUUUGACCGAAGUCCGGUCAGGUAAAAGCGCAGAAGAAAUGGAAGAGCCUCCCCCUGCGCCAAGAAGUUCCGAAUGUCUUAUCAAGCGCGUGGAAGGCCUGAGUUCAUCUGGAUCGUCCGGAGGGACACCUGACGCAGAACCAGUCGAGAAGAUGCCUGCCCAAAGGCAAGCAGGGCUGCCCAAAGAAGGCGCUAGAGUCAGAGCCACGGCCGUGGCAGACUCGGGGGCAGUGGUACCCUACAGUGCGGACGACGGCGUCAGGACAGCCGUUCAAAAAAUCACUGUCGCCGUGACAGAAGGGAUGAUGGCGACGAACCCUCACCUCCGCAUUCUGAACCGCGCCGUCUCGAUCGUCGACCCUGUGAUGCAGGCAACCGAGGCCAUGCUCUUCCACCCGACACUUCUAGGAGACCUGAUACACCAGGGACAAGGCGGUGGUACCUUCAUGAGGAGCACGACAGCUUCUAACAAAAUGACGCACAAGACUAAGGUCACAAAGGGCGACGAAACGGUGGAAAAUGUGGCAGAAGCCAGCGAAACAUUGGCUACUAUGGAGGCUGGUCACAUCCCUGCACCGCCACCGCUACCGACUCGGGAGCAACUCAGGCGGGCAACGCUGCCACCCAUGGAACUUCUGAUGUCAGGAAUCUCACAUGGAUCCGGACUGGUUCCUUCUCCUCCUGCAUUGCCACCUAUGGAACUUCUAAUGUCCGGAAUCUCGUAUGGGUUCGGAGGAGUCACUCAGCCCACGCCGACUUCAAUGUUGUCCCCAAACCAGGGACAAGGUGGCGGCACGUUUAUGCGGAGCACGACGGCUUCCAACAAGAUGACACACAAGACUAAAGUCACAAAGGGCGACGAAACAGUGGAAAAUGUGGCGGAGGCAAGCGAAACGUUGGCUACUGUGGAGGCUGGCCACAUCCCUGCUCCACCACCGCUACCGACUCGGGAGCAACUCAGGCGGGCAAGUCUUGCACAAGCCGUGGUCCACCCGCUGGUGCAUGGGGUAGGGUUCGGACGAGUCCCCUCGCCCCCAGCUUUGCCGCCUAUGGAGUUACUGAUGUCCGGAAUCUCACAUGAAUCCGGACUGGUCCCUCCCCCUCCAGCGCUGCCACCCAUGGAACUUCUGAUGUCAGGAAUCUCACAUGGAUCCGGACUGGUUCCUUCUCCUCCUGCAUUGCCACCUAUGGAACUUCUAAUGUCCGGAAUCUCGCAUGGGCUCGGAGGAGUCACUCAGCCCCCACCGACUUCAAUGUUGUCCCGAGGCCAUGGACAAGGUGGCGGUACCUUCAUGAGGAGCACGACAGCUUCUAACAAGAUGACACACAAGACUAAGGUCACAAAGGGCGACGAAACGGUGGAAAAUGUGGCAGAAGCCGGUCAAACAGUGGCUACUAUGGAGGCUGGCCACAUCCCUGCUCCACCACCGCUCCCAACUCCGGAGCAACUGAGGAGAUUUAGUAUUGCACAAGCCGUACAUCAGCCUAACAUGGCGCUACAAAUGGCAGGGCCUUCGGCAACAGCAAUCCCUCAGUCCCCGCCUUCGUUGAUGACUCAGGGACAAGGCGGCGGUACCUUUAUGAGGAGCACGACAACUUCUAACAAAAUGACGCACAAGACUAAGGUCACAAAGGGCGACGAAACGGUGGAAAAUGUGGCAGAAGCUAGCGAAACUUUGGCUACUAUGGAGGCUGGUCACAUCCCUGCACCGCCACCGCUACCGACUCGGGAGCAACUCAGGCGGGCAAGUCUUGCACAAGCCGUGGUCCCCCCGCGGGUGCAUGGGGUAGGAUUCGGACGAGUCCCCUCGCCCCCAGCUUUGCCGCCUAUGGAGUUACUGAUGUCCGGAAUCUCACAUGAAUCCGGACGGGUCCCUUCUCCUCCACCGCUGCCACCCAUGGAACUUCUGAUUUCCGAAAUCUCGUUUGAAUCCAGACGAGUUCCUAAUCCUCCUGCUUUACCACCAAUGGAGCUUCUGAUGUCUGGAAUCCCAGCCUUUCCUGGGCAGGAAGUCUCCCAGGCGUUACCGGGGCCACUGCUGGAUCUGGUUGGUGCUGGGGCCAGGCAGCCAGUACCGGAUCCAAACAGGCAGUACACUGUCAUGACGAUGUACUCCACGCAGGGGUCAAACUUGCCUCAGAAGAAAGCUCGGCAUGACGAGGGCGAUGGACACGGCACGACAGAGGUCGGUGUCGGUGCAAAAACAACCAAGUUCCGCACAAACAUCCCAGACCCCCCGCCUUUGCCAGAAAUGAAGUUUUUUGUCCGAAAACCGUAUGUCCAACACAAGGGCACGUUUGGACAUGAGAUAGCGCAGAAAGUGGACCGUUUUACCCAGCGGAGGGAAAUGUCCUUAGAGCUCCACAUCGCGAGAAGGGAUUCAACCGAUUUACUCCUCGCAAUCGAGGAAAACGCGUCGAAGUUUUCCACGGAGGAAGUUGAGGAAAUGAGAAAAGAAGCAAACGAGGAUAUUGCCAAAAUCGACGCGUGUCUCAACGAACUGCUGAUGUCGACCUCAAUGAGGAACUUGUAUGAAGACUCAGAGUCAGUGGUUGAAGACUCAGGGUCAGUGUGUUCUGAAGAGUUACCACCCGUGGAGAUAGUGUCUACGGAUGACUCUCAAACAGAUCCACUGGCUAUACAAUCCGACAGUCAGCUGACGGUCCAUCUGCAUCGCCAGUCAGAUGAUUCGCAAUCGACAGAGCAAAACCAGCUCAAACUGUGCCAGCACGCCGACCACGGUGAAAGCGCCUGGCACCAGCGUGGCAACCACUACCAGGUCGUGCACGGGGAGAAGACACCGUGCUGCCUUGCAGACCACGCCCAGAACUGGAGCUACAAGCCUCCGAGAUUCAAGUGCGGCAGUUGUGACGAAACCCUGCUCAUGAAGUUCCAUUUGGAAACAGACAGUGAGGGGGAAGAUGAGGAGGAGGAGGGGCAUACUGAAGUCCCCGUGCCUAUCUGCCGCACCAAGAAGCACCAGCAUGAUCAUAACUGGACGUACAAUCCCCCACAAAUGACAUGCAAGUCGUGCCAAGUAAAAGCGGUGCUGAAAAUGCACCUGAAAAGUGAUGAAGAAGAUGGAGACCCUGCCGAGAGGCCUGUCCCCAUCUACCAUAGGUCACCGCGCAAGGAUCCUCGCACCCAUCCCCGUCUGAUACAGUCCCGAUCGGACAACAAAACCUCGCAGAUUCCGCUGGUUAGGAAACCAAGUAAAACCAGCGAGCGGAAGUAUCCUUACAGACAACCGGGGGAGAAAGCCUAUUCAACCGCGCAAGCAUCUUCACGGAAGCUGCCGGAACCUAAGGUGAUCGUGACGCCAGAGAUGCGGCGCCAGCCUGCGGCUGAGGCGGUGUCGGUGUCGGUGUCAGGAGCGGCACAGUCGUCCGCACGCCAGGGUCGGCCUCCGCCGGAAAACGUGGAAACGCGGACAACGGAUGGUACAAGUCCGCCUAAAUCCACAGCUGCAAAAGCUGACAAGCAGUCAGUAAAGGGCUCGGCUGAGCCUGCAGCUCAAACACAGAAGGGCACUGUGAAGGGAGGCAAAAGGGAGAAGACUCAAAAAGAGUACUCCCAGAAAGUUUGGGAAGCCCUUGUUGGCGACGACAAUGAAUGGGAAAGUCCCAAGACGCCCAAGGAUGCUAAGAAGCCUUCUACUGCAUCUAAAGAUGCCGGGACAAAGAGCACACAAAAAGGAGCAAAAGCGCCGAAAGUUGGACAAACCGGAGACCAAACAGCAAAAUUGACGCCUACGAAAAUUCCGCAACCGAUCAAAGAUACUGCUGUUAAGCGGAAAGAUCCCAUAAUGGGGACAACUGCACUGUCCGCAAAACGGACCGAGGUAAGGUCAACAGACAAGGCGUCUGUCACACAAGCCGCGCACCCCCCGACGAAAAUUCCGCAACCGAUUAAACAGACAGAUGCUCAUCAGCGGAAAGUUCCAGUGAUGGGCACAGCUGCACUGUCAGCAAAGCGCGCUGAAAUGCAGUCUACAGACAAGGAGUCUGUCACACAAGCCGCGCACCCACCGACGAAAAUUCCGCAACCGAUUAAGGAAAAGGAUGCUCAGCGGAAAGUUCCAGUGAUGGGCACAACUGCGCUGUCAGCAAAGCGCGCUGAAAUGCAGUCUACAGACAAGGAGUCUGUCACACAAGCCGCGCACCCACCGACGAAAAUUCCGCAACCGAUUAAAGAGACAGAUGCUCAGCAGCGGAAAGUUCCAGUGAUGGGGACAACUGCACUGUCAGCAAAGCGCGCUGAAAUGCAGUAUACAGACAAGGAGUCUGUCACACAAGCCGCGUACCCACCGACGAAAAUUCCGCAACCGAUUAAAGAAACGGGUGUCCAGCGGAAAGCUCCAGUGAUGGGCACAGCUGCACUGUCCGUAAAACGCGCCGAAAUGCAGUCAGCAGACACGACGUCGGUCAAACAAGCCGCGUACCCACCGACGAAAAUUCCGCAACCGAUUAAAGACACGGAUGCUCAGCGGAAAGUUCCAGUGAUGGGGACAACUGCACUGUACGCAAAACGUGCCGAAAUGCAGUCAACAGACAAGGAGUCUGUCACACAAGCCGCGCACCCACCGACGAAAAUUCCGCAACCGAUUAAAGAGAAGGAUGCUCAGCGGAAAGUUCCAGUGAUGGGCACAACUGCAUUGUCCGCAAAACGCACCGACAUGCAGACAGAAGACAAGCAAGCCGCGCACCCACCGACGAAAAUUCCGCAACCGAUAAAAGAAACGAGUGUUGAGCGGAAAGAUCCAGUGAUGGGGACAACUGCAUUGUCCGCAAAACGCACCGACAUGCAGACAGAAGACAAGGCGUCUGUCACACAAGCCGCGCACCCACCGACGAAAAUUCCGCAACCGAUUAAAGAGAAGGAUGCUCAGCGGAAAGUUCCAGUGAUGAGCGUGUCCAGAGCGAGCAGGCCGGGCACGGGACUGGUUCCGAAGAAACUGGAGAUGGACUUCUUCGACUCGUCAGAAGACAGUGAAGACGAGAUAGACUUGGACAAGCCCAUCUCAAAGGAGGACCUGCAUGACGACGAGUACUGGAUGGCCAUGGAGAAAAAGGCGUACGCUAUGGUAAAGACCAGUAUGGAGCAACUGGAAACGGGGCAACUGGAAACGGUCGACGAAGAGUCUCCCGUAGACGAGAAAAAGGUACAGGGAGCUUCGCCAACCGUGAAGAAACCCUCAAAAUUCGCUCGCAUGUUCCAGUCAAGGAAAGAAAGGGAGCAGAAGAUAGACAGGGAGGCCAGAGAGAUGGCGAUGAAGCAGCAGGCCGCAAAGAAGCUAGACACAGUCGAGCACAAAUCGGACCCCCCGAACGGAAAACCGGUCUAUGGCCCGCCGCUUCCUCCUGAAAUGCAGAGGGAGAAGGAAAAGAAAAAGGGCCUGGCGCGCUAUGGGCACAAGCCAGUGCCUACGCUCGCCACCAUGAAAUCAAAAGAGGAAGAGCCAAGUACCUCUCAGAAAUCUGGCGGCAGGCUAACCCCCACCAAACUAGUCGGCAAACUCAAAGGGGGCUUCACAAGGGUCAAGGAUUCGAUCCGAUCGAGGCUUUCGGGGGAAGAGAGCGACACAAGUGAAUGAUUUGUUGAUUUAUAAAGAUUCUCGGCGUGGCAAAAAAUUACAUGAACUCACGUUUUAUGUUUUGAAUGAAAUGAGUUGUGGCAAACAUGCUUCACACAUUCUUCACACAUACUUCACGCAUGCCUCACACAUGCUUCACGCGUGCUCCAUUGACACAGAAAAAAAAUAAAGGUAGAAAGAAAUGCUUCAAGUGCAUCGCUUUAAUUUCUUUCUAC